CGCAUGCUCAUGUUGAAACAGAGAGCUACAAGGAAAAGUGAGAGAAACAAAGGAAUAAACAACCCGAGGAACAGAGGUAAAGCCAGCCACUCUGUUGGAGAAGAACAGCUCAAAGUCCACAGCGUUGUGUAAGGCAGAGCCUUUGGCAAGGUGAUUCCUACAUGAGUCUGGUUUCCUACCAAAGCCAGAACCUGCCAGAAGUUGAGGAGUUUCCACAAGUCAUCUGAAUGUGUUGUGCUGGACAUCUUGUGUCAUCUGUUCAGAGUCAAAAUGGAAAGAACUGCUUUGUGCUAGUAGAGACUUUGGUCUUCAGCAGGUCUAUGUGUGAGGGCCACAUGGAGAACACAGAAAGGAAAUACCAGCAUUGAUUUGAAGAAGAUUCUGUGCCUUUACCAUCUGCUGAAAUUUUCUUCAUCUUCCUUAAUACACUCAACAGAUACAUUGAGGUGGCUUCCAUUCUUUUGCCAUAGCUACCUUCCCCUCCCCUUGCCGCACACUUGAAGCAACUGGCUGACUGCUGUGGAGAUGACAGUGGUGUUAUAGUAGCAGCAAGGAUGGGGAGUACUCCAUGUUCUGGUAAGGGGAGGGGGGUAGGUGGUUUUCAGGAGUUGGGUUGUAUGCCAUGGAAGGUGAGCAAGCAGAAAGGUGAUGUCGCUGGAGGUGGAUGUCGCCCCGAAGCAGACGAAGGGCAAAAGGCCAGAAUACCUCUUCCAUCCCCACGGCCCCCUGCCAUCUACCAUGAGAAGCAACGUCGAGAGUUGUGUGCUCUGCAUGCGCUAAAUAAUGUCUUCCAGGACGGUGCUGCCUUCAGCAGAGAUGCACUUCAAGAUAUCUACCAGAGGCUCUCUCCCAGCACAUUGGUAACUCCCCACAAGAAGAGCAUGCUGGGAAAUGGCAACUACGAUGUCAAUGUCAUCAUGGCUGCAUUGCAGACUCGUGGGUUUGAAGCUGUCUGGUGGGACAAAAGAAGGGAUGUUUGCAGCAUUGCCCUGCCAAACGUGACUGGCUUCAUUUUGAAUGUGCCAUCCAACCUGCGCUGGGGGCCCCUGCGUCUGCCUCUCAAACGGCAGCACUGGAUUGGAGUGAGGGAGGUGGGCGGAGUCUACUAUAACUUAGACUCCAAACUGCGCAGUCCUCAUGUCAUCGGAACAGCUGAUGAACUCAGGAAGUUCUUGCGUCACCAGCUUCGAGGGAAGAACUGUGAACUCCUCUUGGUGGUGCCUGAGGAGGUGGAGGCCCACCAGACAUGGAGGUCUGAUAACGUUUGAUAUCUUUCUCAUAGCUUUCUCGGAUUCUUCAGCUCAUGCUCAGCAGGGAAUGUAGGGUUCAAUCAGGGAACCAUAUAAGAGCAAACGGAGUUGCACUCAACCAGUCACGAAAGCACACUGGCAAGACUUGUUUACACACAAAAACACACACAAAGAAACACAAAAUGCUGGACUACAGCAGCAACAGACAUAAACACACAGGGAUAUCACAACAUAACACUACAUUGUCCUAUGAGAACUGUGUUCAGUCGUUUGGGAUUCUGAUGCAUUUUUUUAUAUGUUAACUGUUUUUGUUUCAUACUGUUUCUGAUCGUAAAAGAAAUGAUCAGUGAUGCAUUCUCUGUGUACAUCACCGUUCCACUGUCACCUCUCCGUGUGAUUCUCCAUGUGAUUGCGCAAACGUUUCGCCGUGCACCUCAACCUCUUCUCGCACAUUGCAGCUCGCAGUGGAAGGCGGCAAGGAGGGUCCUUGCAAUAGACCUAAUGGAACUUGAAGCACCCUUGCCUGACUGUGGUUUAUGCAUUGUUUAAUAAUGUAGGGAGUGAUGAAUAAGAAGUAUCUAAAGCAGUACAGCAUGGCACAGUAAUAACUGGAUGUUUAUGUUAGUCUCCUAUAGAGUAAGAUAAAACAAAAUGGUCAAUUUUGUUCUCACGUUUCUUCAUUGCUGCCUGGUGGUUAUAUAUAUUUUUUUCUUUGAGAAGUUAGUUAGUUUAUUAAUGCCUUAUGAAGACAGUAAAUUUAUCCUAAUGUCCAACUGCCAAACAGUUUGUACUGUAUUUGGAAGUGGUUCUAAGAAUGGUUUGAUUAUGCUGAAUUUUUAAUUGAGAAAGUAAAAUGAAAAUGUUAUAGAAGCAAAGGUCAAACUUCAAGAACGAGCUAGUAAUGAAGUGAAGAGGCCUUUUGUUAGACAUUUAAAAAGGUGAUAACAUGGUAUAUGAAUCUUGACAGUUUAUUUUAUGCUGGAUGAUAAAGCCAACUUUACUUAUUUACAACACUUCUGUAAUUUAGAUUAUUCAAGUCUGUAUAUACUGUUCAUUGAGGGAGCAGAUAAUAAUGUUAAUUAAAAGGGAAAUCCAAACAUAUGCCUCAGGUUUUCUUGCAGCACUCAUGUUUGAUUCAGUGAACCUGCUGGAUAUAGAUAGAAGACAACUCUUCCAUUCUUGAAAAAAACAAACAAGGAUAAACUCCCAAGUACAUUAAUGAAAAAAAUCUUGAUGUAAAAAAAAAAGAACAUUCCACAUUUACAUGCACAGGGUGGUUUUUAAAAUUGUAAAGUGUUUUUGAUUUCUUUGCCAUGACAAUCUCAAUCCCCACAUGCCCCUUUUCAGGGGAGGUACAGUCCUGAUGUGCUCACGCCAUCGUUCAGUUCCCAUGCAAAUGCUUGUAAUGGCACUUUAUGUAUAAUCCAAGAUGUGCUGUGACAUCAUUAAAAUGUCUUUAUAUGUACAAAGA